CGUUGAAUUUUUUGCGAGUCAGAAUUAAAUUGUGAAAUGAUUUGCAAAAUCUCGUUUAUUCGGGCAGCAAGCAUGCUACAUUGGAGAUGCUUAUUAAGCCAUUUAUUUUAUAACCUGUCAAAACUGAUAUUAUGGACCUCAGCGUGUGAUAAAAGAUGACCAAUGGCUUGGUGUCACAGUGCGUAGCCAGGGUCCUGGAGGCUAUGUUAUGGCUUGUGCUCAUCGCUUUAUUUUGGCGGGAGAUGAUUAUCAGUGGGGCCAAGGUAUAUGUUACUCUUUGACACAAGAAUUGGAACUUGAUAGAGCUUGGGAACCUUGUAAAAACCGUCCUGUUAACAAAGCUCAUGAACAAUAUGGCUAUUGUCAAGCUGGAACCAGUGGAGAAAUUGCAGAAGACAAUACUAUUGUUAUUGGUUCUCCUGGACCUUUCACUUGGAGAGGUACAGUGUUUGCUAACAAUGUACGAUUCAAACUUCUUGAUGAUAGACGAUGGUAUUAUGGACCUAUCAAGGAAGAAACAUCACCUGUUGAUAAAUACAGCUAUUUAGGUAUGUCAGUGACUACUGGUGUAUUUUUUGAUGGCAAAAGAAGCUUUGUAGGUGGGGCUCCACGAUCCAAUGGAACUGGCCAAGUAAUCUUUUUUACAAAGGGAAAAGUUGGCGAAGCAGUAUUUGAUGUUCAAUUAAUUUUAAAUGGUGAACAAUUUGCAUCAUCUUUUGGUUACACAUUAGCCUCUAUAGAUAUCAACAGUGAUGGUUAUUUAGAUCUUGCUGUUGGCGCUCCGUUUUAUUAUUCUAAAGCAAAAGGAGGUGCUGUAUAUAUAUACAUAAAUUCACCUGAGGGUAUUAAGGAAACUGAGGAAUCUAUUAAAAUAACUGGCAAACCAGAAUCAAGAUUUGGAUUUGCUAUUGAGAAUGCUGGUGAUCUAAACAAAGAUGGUUAUCCAGAUCUUGUUAUUGGAGCACCUUAUGAAGAAGGUGGUGGGACUAUAUACAUAUAUUCAGGAUCAAAGGAUGGCAUUAUAAAGAUCCCAUCACAGAUUAUUCGAGCUGAAGAUAUUCCCAAAGUUGGAAAUUUACAAACAUUUGGUUAUUCAUUAGAUGGUGGAAUAGAUAUUGAUGGUAAUGGUUAUCCUGAUUUACUUGUUGGAUCUUAUGAGAGUAAUGCUGCUGUUCUGCUAAGGUCACGACCUGUACUAGACAUAGUAACUUCAGUUAGUGGCCAACUUUCAAAUAUUGAUCCUGAUAAGAAGGGCUGUGAAAUGGAUAGAAAUGCUGCUAGAGUGUGCUUUUCCUUCCAAGCAUGUUUCCAAUUUAAUUCAUCUGUUUCUACAUCAGAAGCCUUAAAGUUGCAAUACAAAAUUGAAGCUGACACUUUCACUGGAAGAAAAUAUUAUAGAGUUCGAUUUAAAUCUUCUCUGGAUAGUGAAACUCCUAAUAUUGUGAAAAAACAAAUUGUGAUGAAAGGCACAUCUGUAAACAGACAGCAUUGUUCUGAAGAAGUAGUUUAUUUAAAAGAUAAAAGUGACAUUCAAAAUCCAAUACAGUUUAAAUUAACUUAUUCCUUGAUUCAGAAAGAUCCUUUAUUUCCUUUACCUGGCAGUCCUUUACCAGAUAUAAAUAUAUAUCCUAUUCUCAAUCAACAAGAAGCUUCUAAAAUAUUUGAGGCAAAAUUUUUGAAAGAUUGUGGAUCCAAUGAUAUAUGCGAAAGUGAUUUGGAUGUAGUUGUAGAUAUAAAUCUUACUAAAGAUGGUCAGGGCAGACCAAUUUUAUAUUUGGGUGAGAAACAAGUUGCGUUAUCGGUGAAAGUUACAAAUUCUAGAGAACCAGCUUAUGAUGCUAUGUUGUAUGUUUUUCACCCUGCUAGUCUGAGUUUUGUAGGAAGAAAGAUAGUGAAAGGUGACCAAAUUGAAUGUGUCCCUUUUAACACCACAGUUGUUACUUGUGAACUUGGAAAUCCUUUGAAACAGACUGAAGUUGAAUUGCAAAUUAAAUUUAAUCCAAAAGAUGUUGCUGCAGAUGAAAGAAGUUUAAAAAUUACAGUCAAGGCCAAUACAACAAGUCAUGAAGUUUCUUCUCGAGAAGAUAUUUCCAUAGAAGCAGGAAUAGUAAAAGUUGCUGAAUUAGAAAUUAGAGGGGCAUCACAGCCAGAGCAAGCAUUUUAUGGAGGUGAAUCUAGUCGUGUACCUGUAUAUGUUGAUGAUGUGGGAAGUGAAAUUGUUCAUAUAUAUGAGAUUAUUAACCAUGGGCCAUGGUUAGCAACAGGUGUAGAAGUGGUUGUCUCUUGGCCUUAUGAAGCUGCAGAUUCAUAUGAGCAUGGGAAAUGGCUGUUGUAUAUUGUUGAAAACCCAGAGGUAAUUGGCAAUGGUUACUGUGAAUUAGAGCAAGCACACCUUAAUCCUUUGAAGUUAAAGAAACAUCUUGAAGAACUGCGAUAUGCACCACAGAGUUCAUACAGGAAGCGUGCAAAGCGAGAAAUAGAGCCACAAGAAUUACGAAUGGAUGGUAAAAUUGUAAAAGUAGUUAGUUUGGAUUGUGAUGCUCAUACUGCUAAAUGUUUCCAAUUUACCUGUCAUUUUAAAAGUUUAGAGAGAGACAGUACUGCAGUUAUAAAAAUUAAAGCAAGGCUAUGGAAUAAUACUUUUGUAAAGGAUUAUCCAGAUGUUGAUUGGGUAUCAGUGAAUUCCAGAGCUCUUAUACGUACUCUUUCAGAUGAUAUCAAACAAGAGGAUGAUGAUGAUUUUGCUUUUGCUGAAACUAAAGCUUAUCCUGAUAUCCAUUUAUAUCAAAAACCUGAAGAAGUUGCUUUAUGGAUAAUCAUUCUUGCUGCUUGUGCGGGGGUAUUACUACUUGUAAUACUUAUACUUAUUUUGUGGAAGUGUGGAUUUUUCAAGAGGAAAAAGCCUGGAGAAGGUUAUGGACCUGCACCUACGCAUGAUAAGGAAUACAUGUAAACUGAUCCUAUUCUGUGAUGUCAUCGAAAAAAUAAAAGGUUGUGUUUAUUGGAGUACAGGAAAUAUAUAAGAAGUAAUUAAUUUGCAAAAUCAUGGAAUGGUUUACUAAUUAAUGGAAGAAGUUUGUUGCAUAAGCCAUUCUGAAACUGUGACUAAGUGCAUCAUUGUGCCAGUGUUCUUAAAAUUGCCUUUUUUAAGGUGUUUUAGUACUGUGAUGAACUAGACUAAAGGCACCUGUCUUUCGAACUAACAGUGUGUUCAGAAACCAAAUGUGUUGUCAAAAACAGUUAACGUGUGAAACAUAAAAAGUCUGCUGCUGAAAUGUAGCACCAGGCUAAGAGUUUUUUAUAACUUUAUUCUACAAAACAUGUGAUAUGUUGGAUAUAUCAUACAGAUUUUAUGCUUUUACUGAAGUAAAAUUAAAUAAUUUUUCAUAUGUAAGAUUUUUUUGAGGACUGUUUCUUUUAACAUUUGAUUUUAACGAGAAACAGUAAAGUAGCUAUUAACUAUUUUAAGAACUUAUAAAACAAAUCAUCAGUUAUGGUAAUCUAUCUUUUGGCUGUCUGUGAAUUUUGUAAACUGAAAGUUUAUUUGAAUGAGUAAUUAUUUUUAAUAUGAGAAUAUUUUUAAUUUACAAAAUUCCUGUAAAAAGAAAACAUUUAUAGGAAUAUUCCUUCAACUAAUUUUCCUGUGAUUAAUGGUUAUGGAUAAACAGAAGGAUAAUUUAACUGAGCAUUGUUUGUUUACGUCAUUAAUUGUUAUGCAGAGUAUGCAUAACUUGCAUUCAUUAUAGUAAGACAGUCAGCUCUUGAAUUGUUUUCAGAAUGAAUGUGUAUUCAACAUUUAAUACUGAAAAUUUUAUACUUUAAUUAGUUUUUAAAUAAUAAUGAAAAAUUUCAUUUGUACAUACAUUUUAAAUGUUUUAUGUGCAUUUUUGUAUUUGAAAAUUGGCAAUUUACAUGAUAGCCAUUCACUUUCUUUUGAUGCUAUAAGUAUUUACCAUUGUUGAAGAAGUUUUCAUUUUAACUUAGUGAAUUAGUUAUUUUAAGUUAACAUUUUUGCAGUUUGCAAUUUAAAUAAUUUUUUAAUGCUUGUAAAUAAUGAAUCUGUUGUGCCUUAUCUUGUAGAUAUCUUUUAACUCCGUACAAAUGCAAUACGAUGAAAUUUGUGCGUAGAUUUGAAAUAAUCGAUUUUCAUUGACAAAUUGCUAAUUUUGCACAUAUUGGUCAAAAUUAUUUAACUGAGUCUACUAAAUACAGUGUGAUAAAUGUAUAAGCAAACCUUCAGUUGAAUGGAUGUUGGAAAGGAGAUCUACUGUAGAGUCAUUAGGUUAUUUUGAAGCAGGAGGCAGGAAAAAUGAGCAAUGCCCAUGCCGGGACUUGAACUUGGACGUCUCGAAUGCGUGCUGAGUGUGCUACCACGAAGGCAUGCUAAAGAGAGGGAGAAAAUACAUUAUACUACUAUAUUUUAAAGCUCAUUAAAUCAGUAUGUUUUAAAAUUGUAUAUAUUGAAUAAAAUCUAUGGAUUGUAGUGUUUAACUUGUUGAAUUUAUAAAAUGUGUAUGAAAUAAUUAAAUAAAAGAAAUCAAAAAGGCACAUAUUACGUAUUCCAUUAUGUAAAUAUUAGUGUUAAUUGGAUGAAUAGCAUUUUAAGCCUAUAAAUUAUUUAAUAUUUUAAGCCCAUUAGAAAAUACUUUAAGAACUGAUGUUUUUCAAUGAUUAACAUUAACUUAGUUUGAGUUCACAUAAUAAAACACUCAAAUGCUACUUUCUCUAGACCUUUUCCCACUGGCCAUUUUUACAUGUGAUCUAAUAUCAACAUGAAAAAAAAUCUUGUGCAUUAUAUUUUAAGUGCAAAUUGUUUGAAGAGGGUCUCUCUGUGACUUUUGUGAGUAUUCCCAGCUUCAGUGUUUACAGCACCCUAAGCAAUCAAUAUAGUUUGCUCUUUAUAUAAAUUAAUGUUAAUGAUUCAAAGCAUAAAAUAUUUAGUUGUCAUUAGGGAGAGCAACUUAGCUAGCAAACUCAGAAAAUCAUUGCCCAAAGCAGUUGUAUAUUCUGCCUGUUUUGGGAGGCAGCUUCCUUGUAAGCUAAAGCCUAACCAAAUUUUAGCAGCUAUGAUUUUUGUUCAUAAUUAAUUAAUCAUUAAUUAUUUCAUCAUUAAGUUAAUGCAGUUUUAUAGAACUCCUUUGUGCUUUGUUUAUAAUAACAAAUAUUAUGCAUUUGCAAAUAAAAAAAGUCGCAGUUAUAAAUAUAAGAAUAUUAACAAGUAAAUGGAAUGUACUCCAAUUGCUUAUUUCUCUGGAAUUUAAAAAUGAAGUCGAAUAUUUUUGGCUGUUAAUGCAAAAUCUGUUAAAUUGAAACUGUGCCAUUUUAAAGCACAUUACAUUUUUUUUAAACCACAUUAUAUUUAAUACAAGGAUUACAUUUUUUUAAACCUUUAUGUGGGUAAAGUAACUUCCAAUUUAGAUUGCAUUCCUAAAAUAUAAAGUUGUAUUAAAUGAAAGAUCCAGGUUUUUGAUGUUAUUUUUUAAAAAAUUAAAAUCAGUAUCACAAAAUUUUGUAUAAACAGCUCUGUUAAUAGUUGAGUAAAUAGUAUCUGAUUUUAACAAAUAUAUUACAGAAAUUUUAGGUGUAGUAUGUAGAAUGAUGUAUAACUUAACUAUAUAGAUACAUUAUUAAGUAACGCAUUUUUGGUCUUUUUUGGUAUUAUAUAAUCAACACAUUAUUAUAAUAUUUUAUGAUGCUAAUGUGUUACAGCAGUAAUGCCAUAUUUCAUAAAAAUCUAAAUAUUAAAAUAUUGUGUAACAGUUUUAAUUUAUACUUGCAUAUAUGUAUGUUGUUCUUGAUUAACUGCAAAACUAUCUGAUAAUACUGUUAAAAAUGAAUCACUGAUUUCAUGAAAUUCGCUAUUCAAAACUAAUUUACAUUUUUAAGAAAUCGCAGUAUUAUAAAAGCUACAUUCUAUGCAAGUCACUGACUGUCUUCAGUUUGACUGUCACUUUAAUAAUAUUUGUAGAUAGAACUCUAAACAUGAUUUAUGGUUUGAAAAUACAUAUUUUAAGUAUAUCAGUCUUUCACAAAUUUAUUCUUUUAAAAUUUUUUUAAAUGUUUAGAAAAAAUAAAUAAUAAAACUUAAAUUUAACUUUGUUGGAAGAAAGUCAGGUAAUUUGGAUUAGUCUAUACUUUCUAAUUAAAAAAAAAAUCGGUCUUUAAUAUAUAAAGCUAAAAUAUAUAUUGCAUGUAUAUGUAAUAUAUAUAUUGAAUUAAUUUAAUCGUAACAAGCCAUUAUCUACAUUUUGAUAAAUUAUCUUUGAAUUGAUAAACAAAUAACAUAAAAAACUGAGUAAGGAUAUGCAGGUACUGUCUACUGCAAAAAUGAAAUAAGUGCCAUGUUUUGCAAAAUAAAAGGUGAUCUGUGUAAAUUCUUUUAUCCACCUGAUUUAUGAUUAUAUUAAAAUAUGUAUAUAUAUUUUUUAAAGUGCCAAACUUUUAACAUUUAAAGAGUCUUAAACUUGAAAAGCAAUUAUUAUAAUUGAAGCUUUUGUUAUUACUAAAAGCUUAAGAAAUUUUUUAUUGCAGUAUUUGGACUCGUAUUUAAGAAAAAAAAUAUUUCAACCGAAAAUGUGUUUAUCAAGUGUAAAAUAUACAAAACAUUCUUUAGAACUGAAAUUUCCAUUGUUGUUUUACAAAUGUAUUAAAAAGCAAAGACUAUAAUUUUUUUAUAUAUUUUAUACAUGUAAAAAAGAAUUUUAUUGAUAUCUAAUUAUUUGUAUCAUAAAUGUCACUCUUGCAUUUAAUAAAGAUUUAUCAUCCAAA